ACACUCUCGCGUGUUUUCCGAGGGGCUACCGGCCCGGACUGGAGGCGGAGAGGGGAGGUUGGGUGGGUAGGCUCUGCCUGUCCAGAGCCGAGGCUGGCUUGUCCCGGCCGUGGCUUAGUACUUUGUGGGGGGAUCUCUCGGGUCGUCCUGACCGUUCUUCCCUACGGUUGAUUGGGAACAAAUGUUAAAGGCUUUUUUUUUCCCCUCACUUGCUCCGCCCUCUUCCGGUUCGGCCUCUGGUGGCUUCUAAGGAGAAGGGAAGAUGGCGGGGCUGUGCGAGAGCGCCGUGCGCACGCGCGAGUCCGAGUGCGCUCUUGUGCUUGCACGCGCAUGCGCGCGCCCCUGCGUUUAAGCAGCCGGAGUGUUGGGAGAUGAGCCGGGCAGUCAGUCUUCUGCGGGUUGUACCAGACCGACUGUGCGCCGACUCCCCACCCACCCUCGUCCGCCUUCUCUCUCAGCCUCCGUUCAUUCACUGCAGGACCAGGCACGAAAGUAAGCGAACCUCGAUGCCGAGGUCUUCCCCAUCCACUCACCUCGUUCGCCGCCCCCCACCCCCCUUGCAGUCAGGUUAAAACAAAAUGAAGAUUUUUUCUGAAUCUCAUAAAACAGUGUUUGUUGUGGAUCACUGCCCAUACAUGGCAGAAUCCUGUAGGCAGCAUGUGGAGUUUGAUAUGCUGGUGAAGAACAGGACCCAAGGCAUCAUCCCUUUGGCUCCCAUCUCCAAAUCCUUGUGGACUUGCUCAGUAGAAUCUUCCAUGGAAUAUUGUAGAAUAAUGUAUGACAUAUUUCCUUUCAAAAAGCUGGUGAAUUUCAUUGUUAGUGAUUCGGGAGCACAUGUUUUAAAUUCUUGGACUCAAGAAGACCAAAACUUACAGGAGCUAAUGGCAGCACUAGCUACAGUGGGGCCUCCUAACCCUCGGGCAGAUCCAGAGUGCUGCAGCAUCCUGCAUGGUCUUGUUGCAGCAGUGGAAACCCUUUGCAAGAUUACCGAAUACCAGCAUGAGGCUCGCACUUUACUCAUGGAGAAUGCAGAACGAGUUGGGAAUAGAGGACGGAUAAUCUGCAUCACAAAUGCAAAAAGUGAUAGUCAUGUCCGAAUGCUCGAAGAUUGUGUCCAGGAAACAAUUCAUGAGCAUAACAAGCUUGCUGCAAAUUCAGAUCAUCUCAUGCAGAUUCAAAAAUGUGAGUUGGUCUUGAUUCACACCUACCCAGUUGGUGAAGAUAGCCUUGUGUCUGACCGUCCUAAAAAAGAAUUGUCCCCAGUUUUGACCAGUGAAGUCCACAGUGUCCGAGCUGGGCGGCAUCUUGCUACCAAGUUGAAUGUUCUAGUACAGCAACAUUUUGACUUGGCUUCAACGACCAUCACAAACAUUCCUAUGAAGGAAGAGCAGCAUGCCAACACAUCUGCCAACUAUGACGUGGAGCUACUUCAUCACAAAGAUGCACAUGUAGAUUUCCUGAGAAGUGGUGACAGCCACUCUGGGAGCAGCAGCAGAGAAGGGCCAUUUAAGGAGACAGUAACCCUGAAGUGGUGCACACCCAGGACCAACAGCAUUGAAUUGCACUAUUGCACUGGAGCUUACCGGAUUUCACCUGUGGAUGUAAAUAGUAGACCUUCUUCCUGCCUUACUAAUUUCCUCCUCAAUGGUCGGUCUGUGUUGCUGGAGCAGCCACGAAAGUCAGGCUCCAAAGUCAUCAGUCACAUGCUUAGCAGCCAUGGAGGAGAGAUCUUUCUGCAUGUCCUUAGCAGUUCUCGAUCCAUUCUGGAAGAUCCGCCUUCAAUUAGUGAGGGCUGUGGAGGAAGAGUUACAGACUACCGGAUUACAGAUUUUGGUGAAUUUAUGAGGGAAAACAGGUUAACUCCUUUUCUAGACCCCAGAUAUAAAAUCGAUGCAAGUCUAGAGAUCCCGUUGGAGCGUGCAAAGGAUCAGUUAGAAAAGCACACCCGUUACUGGCCCAUGAUUAUUUCACAAACCACCAUUUUCAACAUGCAAGCGGUAGUUCCAUUAGCUGGUGUCAUUGUGAAAGAGUCUUUGACAGAAGAGGAUGUGUUAAACUGUCAGAAGACCAUAUACAACUUAGUUGAUAUGGAAAGGAAGAAUGACCCUCUUCCUGUUUCUACAGUCGGUACCAGAGGAAAGGGACCUAAAAGAGAUGAACAGUACCGGAUCAUGUGGAAUGAACUAGAGACUCUCGUCAGAGCCCAUAUCAGCAACUCUGAGAAGCAUCAGAGAGUAUUGGAGUGUCUAAUGGCAUGUAGGAGCAAACCCCCAGAAGAAGAAGAGCGGAAGAAGCGAGGGAGGAAGAGGGAGGACAGGGAAGACAAGUCGGAACAAGCAGGGAAGGAGCACGGCACGGAAAAGGCCCGGCCGGAUGCAGACAGAUUGAAAGGGAUUUUAGAACGAGGGAAAGAAGAGUUGGCUGAAGCAGAGGUCAUAAAGGACUCACCUGAUUCUCCAGAACCUCCAAACAAAAAGCCCCUUGUUGAAACGGAUGAGACACCACACAUGGAAAAGUCUAAAGGGCCAGUGUCCUUAUUAUCCUUGUGGAGUAACAGAAUAAACACUGCCAAUUCCAGAAAGCACCAGGAGUUUGCUGGGCGUUUGAACUCUGUCAAUAACAGAGCAGAGCUGUAUCAACACCUUAAGGAGGAAAAUGGGAUGGAGACAACAGAAAAUGGGAAAGCCAGCCGCCAGUGAAGAGUGACUUGAGAAACCAAAUUUAGAAUAUUGUGAAAAAUAUUUUGGGCAGAAUUUGAUAUAAGUACUUUUACAGCAAGAUUGUAUAGCUAUGUUGUCUGGACUGGUUUUUACAUUUUUAGAGAAUUUCAAUGAAUUAUCUUUUUUGUACUAAUUCUGAGAUUGGCAGAGUCAAAAUAUAUACAUUGGAGAUUUGCCCUCCCAGACCACACAGUUUAUUUUAUGGUAAAAGGUGUUCCCUCUGGAAAUGUUUUUUUAAAAACUCUUAGGCUUCUCUUUGCCAAAUAAAACUAUUAAAAUGUUUGAAAUGCCAAGUAUCGGAGUGUUACUUUAGAAAAAAAAGAUACUAUCUUAAUUCCAACUUCAAGAAUUCAUAAAGCUGGUCAGAGUCUAGGUGAGAGUGUAGUAUUUAACACAGCACCUGCCUGCCUGUGUGCUGUGCAGUGAGUGCUCUUCUAAGGAGAGGCUGCUUGGUGUAGUUUCCAUGCUUUGCCUUUGUGUGCUCAUGUGUUUGUCUGCUACCGUUGAAGCCAGAACUUUCAUGUAGUCAGUGUGACGUUACAGUUACUAGUUUGAUAUAAUACUACAUUUUUAUUGUCCACUAACUCUUUCUAUUGAGAGGGAGGUAAGUACAAAGGAAAUUAUUUCACAAAAGAAGAGACGGGCAUUAUGAGGUUAUCUGUUUUCAUCCCAGGUAGAACUUUGGUUUCCUUUUCUUCAGAAGCAUCGUGGUUUAUGUUGCAUGUUAUGUUAACUUUAUUAUAAGAAACGUGUUAUCUCGGUGUUAAACUACUUGUAGGUUUGUCCUAUAUCUCCCGAGUACUUAAAGUGGAAUUUUGAGUCCAGGAGACAUUGUGACUGUAAGGUUCUAAAUUAGCAUGAAAAACAGGCACACUUGCAGUCACAUCAAGUCUACCCAGUAAAUCCUAAUUUAUUUUUAUUGUUGCAGCUUAGGCAAAAGUCACGCAGUCUUAUUGCCAUAUAUGAUGUACACUAUAAAAAUUAUGAGGCUUAUAUUUGAGUGUCUAAAAUUGUCACAUGAUUAUGGCCAGUUAUCAUUACAAUGUAUAUAGAUAUACAAUGUAUAUAGAUAUACAUGGCUUGGAGAUUGCGGCCAAGUGUUUGAGUCCACAGCAUUGCAUGUGUGGUUUUUUUUUUGGUGGUGGUGGUGGUUCGAGACAGGAUUUCUCUGUGUAGCCCUGGCUGUCCUAGAACUCUGUAGACCAGGCUGGCCUCGAACUCAGAAAUCUGCCUGCCUCUGCCUCCCAAGUGCUGGGAUUAAAGGCGUGCGCCACCACUGCCUGGCAUGUCUUUGUUUAUAAUGAACUCAGAUGCCCUUGCUUCAGAUCAAAACCACCUAGAUGAGGUACUGAGCUGCUUUCUUUCUCAUUUCUGCCAAUUGGCUGCUAAAACCAUUAAUGUAAUUGAAUAUAGAUGCUGGCCAAGUGAGCAAAUCUAGAAAUUUCCAUAGUAUCCUGUAGAUUUAAAGCAUUAGUCUUAAUUUAGAAGGUUACAUCAUCUAGACUGGUAGGAAGUUUUAAUCUCUUGGUGACUUAACAUACUAGAUUUAGCUAUAUGAAAUUACCACUUUGAAGAUGGGCACACCUUUAAUCAGGAGGCAAAGGCAGGUGGAUCUCUAGGUUCUAGGACAGCCAGGUCUACAGAGCAAGUUCUAGGACAGCCAGGGCUACACACAGAAAUCUCAGAAAAAAAAUAACAACAACAAUCAAAAUUACUACUUUAUAUGCAAAAUAUAGUUGUAUAGUGGUUCAGUCUGUACAUUUGUCUUUAUAUACUGUGUAAAUACUCAGAACCGCAUUUAGCUUGUAUAUUUUGAAAUAAGUUCUUCUUAUAGAAAGGUGCUAAUUUAGUGUCUGAUUAAGAAGGGUUUUGGUUUUUUUUAAUUAAAGAUUUAUUUUUAUAUUUAUAUAUAAAAUUUAUAUAAAAUAAAAAUAAACCUUGCCUGUUUUGCCUAAGGGUCUGUGUAUCACAUGUGUGCCUGGUGCCCAUGGAGGCCAGAAAAGGCCAUGGGAUCAUAUGGAACUAGAGUUAAAACAGUUUUGAACUACCAUGUGGAUGCUGGGAAUUUCACUGAGCCGCCAUCUUUCCAGCCCCAAGUUUUCUUAUAUGUAAAAUUUAAAUGAAUUUUGCAGCUGUUGUGAAUCAGAAAGUAAAAAGAUCCAUGGGAAGGUGAUAAACCCCUCUGAUUACUUUCUUGGUAAAAAUGGGCAAUAUAUGGUAAGUUAUCGGAUUAGAAUUUAAUGACAAAAAUCAUUGUCCUGAGAGUAUAGCCAGGCUUCUGUUUCUUUUCUUCUUUCCCCUUUUAUUCAGCGCUGGCCUCUGCCCAUGGGAUGGGAUGCCGCCGUCUACAUUCAUGGUUCAUAGAACCCUUUUCAGUUAAACCUUUCAGUAAACUCCCUCAAAGACUUGCCCAGAGGUGUACCUCAACAGUCUGCUAGGUAAUUUUAAAUCCAGUCAAGUUAAGAAGAUAAAUCAUCACAUUUAGCAACAGCCAGAAAAACAUAAUCUAGUCCAGUGGGUAUUCUGUGUAUCAGUUGAAGCUAUAAUGCUGCUUUCAGUCACCACCAUUGUGAGCUCUGGGUGGGGCAGAGUCUGUUUACUAGAUAUGAUAAUUUUCAAAACUGAGCCAGUUCUAUAUUCUCAAAACAUGACCGGAGGGUAUUUGCAUCAGGCCCUCUUCAUUUAAACAUUUCUUGACUUUUUGUUUGGACCACUUGACAGUGUUUGUAGGUAAACAAGUCUGUUAUACCCAGAUGUCAUCAUAGAACCUAGUGUAUUGGAAGUUAACGGCAUCUGCCACAGAUACUGAGUUUAGCAAAAUAAACCAAUCUUCUUUGAUCAACAAGAAGAAACCUUUUGUGCACAGAGUGCAUUUGCACCCAGGGAAUACUUUGGGCAGCAUUCUUACUACUGAAAAACCAGGUAAAACCAAACAGCAGAAUGGACAGUCUGAACAGGCAGGAACUCAAGUGAGCUUGCAAGCUGCCAUCCUCCAAGGCCUCUUGCCCUGACUCCCCUGCGUGGUGGACAGUGGAAAUGUAAGCUGAAAUAAAUCCUUUUCUCCCCAUCUUGCUUUUGGUCAUGAUGUUUUGUCACAAUAGAAACCUUAUCUAAGACUGAAGUUUGAAAGAACUGGGUGCUUCGGCCUGACUGCGUUGGUUCACGGUGCAGGUUCUCAGUAUGAAAGAGGUUUCUAAUGAUUUCAUCAACCUUUCCAUCUGCAGGAAACCAGAUUGCUUACCCAAGUGAUAGAUCUAGGUUUCAGCACUAUGCAGACACAAUCUAGACUCUCUUUUUACUUAAAACAGUUUACGGAAAGGCCAACUCUAUCUUUUCUAAAUAAUAUUUCUGAAGAUUCUGUAAUGCAUCCAGAUGAUAGCACUCUAACAUUGCAAACAGACCCUCCUCCCCAAAUUCGAAUUAGUGGCAGUUUGCAUACAGAUAGUCUUCACUUUGAGAGAAAUUUUAGGGAAUUGCCACAGAGAUGAACAGAUGACAGCGGAUUGCUUUGAAUGAGACAUGGUAGGUGCUGUGCUAAGUGCACAUUUCAUUUUGUCUUUACAAUCAAUACACUGAGAUAAUCUAUAAACUAGUUUUGAGCCUCACACUCUCACUGUUGAGAAUGAAUUGUACUUUAUUUAUUUAAUGUAUAUGAAUACACUGUAGCUGUCUUCAGAGAUACCAGAAGAGGGCAUCAGAUUCCAUUACAGAUGGUUGUGAGCCACCAUGUGAUUGCUGGGAAUGAAAUUCAGGACCUUGGGAAGAGCAGUCAGUGCCCUUAAUCGCCGAGCCGUCUCUCCAGCCCUGAUAAUGAAUUUUUAAAAUGUAUUUAUUUUUAGUGUAUAUGAGUGGUUGCCUCAUGUAUAUGUGCUGUACUGUGCAUGCCUGGUGCCUGAAGGAAUAUCAGGUUCCCUGGAACUAGAGUUACAGAUGAUUGUGAACUGUUAUGUGGGUGCCAAGAACCAAACCCAAGUCCUCUGCAAGAGCAGGUAGUAGUCUUAACCGCUGAGCCAUCUCUCCAACCUUUUGUUUUAGAAGAUUAUAAAUAGUAUUUUCUAUUUGAUAGCUUCAUAUGCCUCCCUUUCUAACUUCACAUCCUCCUUUUCCAGUUAGUGCUCCGUGCAAGCACAUAGCUGUGGGCAUCCAGUGGAGCUUGGGCAGAACUUACAGCCCUGAAGAAAAAUGACUGUCUCCCCCAGCACCUGUCAAGUGCUGAUAGCCUCUCAAGUAGGAGUAUUGCCUCAAGCCUCAAGCCCUGACCUAUCCGUGCUGGAAUGGAAUGUUAACUGACAGGAUCCUGUGUGUGUGUGUGUGUGUGUGUGUGUGUGUGUGUGUGUGUGUGUGUGUGUGUUUGGGGGGGCGGGGUUAUCAGGAAGUUCCUGAGUGCUAUGAUGAUUACAGCAGACUAUAUUUAUAUUCCACCAUACUCCUCCCUUUCUGCCUACACCCCUUUUCAAUUCUGUUCCCUGAAUAUUAGCAGUGCUGAUACUGCUGUUCCAUUUUAGGCUGAUUACCUAACAGUCCCUUAUUCGCAGUACUUUGACCAGUUAUGACUAUGCAUUGACUGCUGCUCACUGCAAAAAGAAGCUACGUUGACCAAGGUUAGGAGCAGCACUGAUUUAUACAACAGUCAGGCACUGAUUUGAAAAGUAUUCUUAGAUCCUGUUGGUUUGUAUUCCAUAUUCCAUGUGUUGCUGGGGUGGAUGGUCUCUACUGCUUCUCUUCUCUGGUUCUGGCAUGUGGGAAAGGGGAGAAGGCUGGACACCUUUCCUGGUUGUUCCCUUGCUCCAUGGCAGUCCACUGUGGCUUCUGGUCCUGCUCUCAGUCUCUGUGUGAAAAGCACUCUGCUUUCUUAGUCACAGUGCUGCCUGUUUAUGUAGUAGACCAUUAGAUGGACAAAAUACAAAGUGGACUUAACUUCAGUGGUAGUUAAAUAUUUUAAGUGGUAAUGUGUGUGUUGUGUGUACACUCAUAUAAAUUUUUUUUCAGGGGCUGGAGACAUGGCUCAGAGGUUAAGAAUGCUGACUGCUUUUCCAGGGGUCCUGAGUUCAAUUCCCAGGAACUACAUGGUGGCUCAUGACUGUCUAUAAUGAUAUCUGGUGCCCCCUUAUGGCAUGUGGGUAUACAUGCAGUACAAAACACUAUAUACAUAAUAAAUCUUUAAAAAAUG